UAAAUAAUGGAUCAAUAAUGACAAUAUAGUUCCUAACAAACUGGGCACACAGCUGACAUACGUGGUAUUGUGAUUAUCCUGUUGGCUGUUGCUAUAAAUAGCCUUCCCUUUCCUUCCCCUGCAGUGCAGUUUAGUUUGGAUUUGAUUAACAGUAGCGAGGUUGAUCAAAGAUGACUGUAGGGUCAGGAAUAUCUGUUGCAGAUGGGAACUUGAUGGUGUUGGGGUACAAAGUGCUGAGCCAUGUCCAUGACAAGGUUCUUCUUACCCCUGCACGUGGUGGUGCUUUGCUCAAUGGGGCAUUCAUCGGGGUUCAAUCCCAUCACAAGGGUAGCCGCACAGUCUUCCCAAUUGGCAAGCUUCAGGGGCUGAGAUUUAUGUGUGUCUUCCGGUUCAAGAUGUGGUGGAUGACGCAGAGAAUGGGCACUUGCGGACAAGAAAUCCCCAUUGAGACGCAGUUCUUGCUUGUUGAAGCACACAGUGGCUCUGAUACUGAAGGAGGAGAAGACCAAGGUGCUGCUACCUAUGCAGUUUUCUUACCCCUUCUCGAAGGAGAUUUCAGAGCAGUUCUUCAGGGGAAUGAUCAAAACGAGAUUGAAAUCUGUGUGGAAAGUGGUUGUCCUGCUGUGGAGGAAUUUGAUGGGACUCAUUUGGUUUAUAUUGGGGCUGGGUCCGACCCUUUUGAAGUCAUAACAAAUUCUGUCAAGACUGUUGAGAAACACUUACAGACCUUUGCACAUCGCGAGCGAAAGAAGAUGCCAGAUAUGUUGAACUGGUUUGGAUGGUGUACAUGGGAUGCUUUCUACACUAAUGUCACUUCAGAGAAUGUGAAGCAAGGAUUACAGAGCUUCGAGAAAGGUGGAAUUCCUGCUAAGUUUGUUAUAAUUGAUGAUGGAUGGCAAUCUGUUGGCAUGGACCCCAAUGGUGUUGAGUGGAAAUCUGAUAGUUCAGCCAACUUUGCAAAUCGCUUAACUAACAUCAAAGAGAAUCACAAAUUCCAGAAAGAUGGCAAAGAAGGUCAACGGGUAGAGGACCCAGCUUUGGGACUUGGUCAUAUUACCAAUCAAAUCAAACUAGAGCAUAAUAUAAAGCAUGUAUAUGUGUGGCAUGCAAUAACAGGAUAUUGGGGUGGUGUUAGACCCGGGGUUCCGGGCAUGGAGCACUACGAGUCAAAGAUGGUCUUCCCUGUCUCAUCUCCUGGAGUUGAGUCUAAUCAACCAGAUGAAGCUUUGACAACAAUUGCCAUCAAUGGGCUUGGCCUUGUGAAUCCUGAGAAAGUUUUUCACUUUUAUGAUGAACUCCACUCAUAUUUGGCAUCUUCUGGUAUUGAUGGUGUCAAAGUUGAUGUUCAGAAUAUCCUUGAAACUCUUGGAGCAGGACAUGGUGGGAGGGUGAAACUUGCAAGGAAAUACCACCAGGCAUUGGAGGCAUCAAUUGCUAGGAACUUCCCUGACAACGGAAUCAUUUGUUGCAUGAGUCACAACACUGAUGGAUUAUACAGCGCCAAGCGUUCAGCUGUUAUUAGGGCAUCAGAUGACUUCUGGCCAAGAGACCCUGCAUCCCACACGAUUCACAUUGCAUCAGUGGCUUACAAUACUAUUUUCCUUGGUGAAUUUAUGCAGCCAGACUGGGAUAUGUUUCAUAGCUUACAUCCAAUGGCUGAAUAUCAUGGUGCGGCACGAGCUGUAGGAGGAUGUCCAAUUUAUGUCAGUGACAAGCCCGGACACCAUGACUUUGAUCUUUUGAAGAAGCUUGCACUACCUGAUGGUUCUAUAUUAAGGGCUAAACUUCCAGGAAGACCAACAAAGGAUUGCUUAUUUACCGAUCCUGCCAGAGAUGGAAAGAGUCUUCUGAAGAUUUGGAACAUGAAUGAUUUUUCUGGAGUUAUUGCGGUAUUCAAUUGCCAAGGAGCUGGGUGGUGCAAAGUUGACAAGAAGAACCUUAUCCACGAUGAGAAUCCGGGCACUGUCACAGGUGUCGUUAGAGCUAAAGAUGUUGACUAUUUAUCCAGGAUAGUAGAUGAUAAAUGGACAGGAGAUGCCAUUAUUUAUUCCCACCUUGGUGGAGAAGUGGUUUACCUUCCAAAGGAUGCAUCCAUCCCAGUUACCUUGAAAACCAGAGAAUAUGAAGUUUUCACAAUAGUUCCCGUGAAGGAAUUGAGCAAUGGUGUCAAAUUUUCUCCUAUUGGUUUAAUAAAGAUGUUCAAUUCAGGAGGGGCUGUCAAAGAGUUUAGUUGGGGAUCUAAUGAAAGUACAAAUGUAGCCGUAAAAGUUCGCGGUUGUGGCCAAUUUGGUGCUUAUUCAUCAGCUCGGCCUAAGUUGAUAACAGUUGAUUUAGAAGAGGUAGAAUUCAAGUAUGAGGAAGAAUCUGGAUUGGUGACUAUUGAUUUGAGAGUACCCGAGAAAGAGUUAUACCAAUGGAGCAUUUCUAUUGAUUUUUGAAUCAAAUACUUUGUCUCUAGAUGAAGGGGUUUAUGGUUAUGGACUUGAUAGUGUGUAUUCAUAGUUCGUAACAAUAUGAUGAGUGUAUGUAGACCAAUAGCAGGAAAUGUUAGAAGUUCCCUGUAAGGAAUAACCAGAAGCAAUGAAUACAUAGUACUAAGUUCUCUACGUAUUUCUUGUGAUAUACUUGAGCAGAAUGUAAAUGCAGUCUUCGGAUCGUUCCCCAUACAGUAUGAAUUGGUUGCUCUUAGUUUCAUUAUGCCUCAUUUCUACAAAGUUCAUUGUAGUUUCGUUAAGUUAGAAAAGAAAUAUACAGAUAGAAAUGCAUUCUGAUUA